AUGUCUUCCAGGUCCCAACGCUCCGUCCUCGUUACCGGUGGCACCAUCGGUCUUGGAUACCAAUGUACCUUGGCCAUAGCUCGCGAAUGCCCAACUUACGAGGUCAUCAUCGCCUCGCGCACUGACAAUGGCGCCGCCGAAACAAUCAACACGCUUCUCGGCCAAAACAACGUCCGCUUCAUGAAGCUAGACCUCGCGAGCCUCGCCAACAUCCGCUCCUUCGCCGAAACCUGGGACAAGUCUGAUCUCCCUCCUCUCUACUCCCUAGUCUGCAACGCCGCCCUGCAAUUCCCCGGGGCGGCCGAAUACACAGAAGAUGGAUUUGAAAAGACCUUCGGCAUCAACCAUGUCGGACACGCACUACUCUUCUCCCUACUCCGGGUUCAUCUGGCCAAUACCGCUCGGAUCGUGAUAACGGGAAGUGGAACGCACGACCCAGCCCAGAAAUCCGGCAUGCCUGACGCAUUUUACAACACGGCGGAGGAAAUGGCGCACCCGCUUGCCAAGUACACGCAGGGCAAUGGUCGACAACAUUACACGAAUACCAAGCUAGCAAGUGUUCUGUACAUGUAUUCUCUUCAUCGUCGCUUUACGGCAAUCAACGAGAAGACCGGGAGGCAUUGGACUGUGACGACCAUGGAUCCUGGCUUGAUGCCUGGGACUGGACUUGCACGGGAAGCGAACGGCGUUGAGAGGUUUCUCUGGCAUAAGGUUUUGCCACACAUGAUCCCGCUUUUGCGUAUCCUUAUCUCGCCCAAUAUUCAUACGGCUCGGGAGUCUGGGAGGGCGUUGGCGCGGUUGGCUGUUGGGGAGGACGUUGAGGGGGUGAGUGGUCGGUAUUUUGAGGGACGGAGGGAGAUUCCUUCUAGUAAGGAUAGUCUUGAUGAAGCUAAGCAAGAGGACCUGUGGAAGUGGACGAUUGAUGCGGUGGCUCGCGAUGAAGAAAAGGCAGCGUUUGCGUUGAAGGAUUUGCUUUGA